AUGAUAUUAUGGUCAGUGGAGCUGUCCGAGUUCGGCAUCAAAUAUGAAAGUCGUGGCCCCCUCAAAGCCCAAUGCCUGGCAGACUUCGUGGCUGAAUUAACUCCAACCUCGGCUGACGAACAAUGGUUUGGCUUCAAAGUGACAAACAACCAAGCGGAGUAUGAAGCACUUCUCGCAGGGCUAAGGUUAGCUCACGAUCUCGGUGCACGGAAAGUGAGUUGCAACAGUGACUCAAAACUCAUGGUAGAGCAGCUCAGCGGGACAUACCAGGCCAAGGAUGUUCUUCUACAAUGGUAUUUCCUUGUGGCAUCACAACAGAUCUUGUCCUUCGACGAGUUCACCAUACAUCAUGUACCGCGAGUGCAAAAUACCAGAGCCGACCUCCUGUCAAAGCUCGCUAGCACCAAAUGCCCUGGACAGCAUCAGACCAUCAUCCAGGAAACCUUGCAUUCACCUAACUUAGAUGACAAGAUCGUUAAUACCAGCGACGGCGAAGAACAGGGAUGGAUGACAUGCAUUUUGAACUACUUGAAGGCAGGAUUUUUACCCGAGGAUAAAGACGAAGCUCGGAAGAUGAGGGUAAGGUCGGCUAAGUUCGUAAUCGUCAGAGAUGAACUGUUCAAACGUGGCAUCUCCACCCUAUUGCUCAAAUGCUUGACUACACCUCAAGCUGCUUAUGUCGUAGAGGAGAUCCACCGAGAUUUCCAAGCCUACGUGCAAAAGUGCAAAGAGUGCCAGCAGUUCAGCAAUACGCAUCGACAACCGCUUGAAGCUCUCCACCAGAUGAUGUCACCGUGGCCUUUCACUCAGUGGGGAAUGGACAUCCUGGGACCGUUCUCCCCUGCAAAGGGUCAGCUCAAAUUCCUCUUGGUGGCAAUCGAUUACUUCACCAAGUGGAUCGAGGCAUGCCAACUCGCCAAGCUCACCACUGAGAAUGUACAGAAGUUCACCUGGAAGAGCAUCAUAUGCAGGUUCGGAAUUCCCCAUUCCCUUGUUACUGAUAACGGCCGACAAUUCAUUGCGCAAAGCUUCGAGGACUUCCUUCGGGAACUCAGAAUUAAGCAUCUCUCGACCUCGGUGGAACAUCCGCAAACUAAUGGCCAGGCCGAAGCUGCAAACAAGGUGAUACUCAAAGAGCUCAAGAAGCGGCUAGGGAAUUCCAAGGGAUAA